AUGUCAUCAUCAACAACGUCGCAGGGGAGAAUGGUCGGGCCCCUAGACAAGCGAAGGCGGGUGACGCGCUGCCUCGGCUGCGCUAAACGACGAAUCAAGUGUGAAGGGGGAAUUCCAUGUGCUCUCUGUAUUCGACAAAACACCGUGUGCGUUGCCCAGCAGCAAUCAGGACAGGAUAUGACUAUGUUUGUCAACAAAACCCAACAAAAUGAUUUUGGAGGAGGGCACAGAAGUUCUGCCCAGAAGGGCAUGGCUGUUGCAAAUAGCAGCAGCUCCGGGGCUCGCCCACUUCAGUCUAUCGGGAGGGAUAAGGAUACCCGCCUGCUUGAUUAUUUUGCCGCUUUUAUUCAGCAGAACAUGUUCACGACGAGCUUCUCGUCGAUAGUUCCGGACCUGCUUCCUCUGAUUUCGACUUCCCCGGUCCUGUACGAUGCGGUGAUAGCGAUUGGUGCUUUGUAUGCCAAUCGAUGUACAGGUGGACACGCAUUACAGGGAGAAAAAUGCUCCUAUGUACAUGCCAUGACCUCUUAUCAUAAGUCAAUGGGUAUUUUGCGGACAAGUCUGGGAAACAGCAAUGUGAUGCAGAGAGAGGACAUUCUCUGGGCUACAUUUUUUCUAGGGCUGUUUGAGUUGCUCUCAGACGACUCAGGCGAAGGCUGGGUCAAGCAUAUGCUAUACGGAACAUCAAGAAUGCUCCAGCUUACGGGACCAGGCGACUGCAUGUCAUCACCCCGAAGGAUAUUCUACGACCUUUUUCGUGUUCUCGAAGCCAGUCGAGCAGUACUCUAUAAUGAAAAAACAAUUCUAUCUCAGCAAUGCUGGCUUCAACUCCAAACGGCCCUGUCGAGCAAUGCCACUCGAUGGGAGCCCAUGGAAGAAAUUAUAACCCUCAUGAUUGAGACAUCUGCCUUCAGCUUACGAGCCGGGUCUAUAAUUAGCAUCCUUCCUGAAGCAGAACGAUUCACGGAUCCAUCAGUUGCUCUCAUUGGGAUGGAAGGACUCAAUGUCCAACAGACUAUCUAUGACUGGCACGCGAAAACGUUGUUGCAGCUAGUCCAGGAUGGUCCUAAUGAAUAUUCAAACCUGGCGUUGCUGUAUUACCACGCUCUGCUCAUCUUUCUCUCUGGCAACUAUGAUCAUUUCCCAUACUGGGACAAUAUCCCAGCCCCGGUUUUGUUCGCUGCUGAAAUAACUGAACAUCUAUCUACGAUCCUGUAUUUAGCGAGCGAAGUGUUGCGCUACACCAAAAUUCCUGGAGUGAUGCUGUUUUUCCCAGUAACUGUUGCUGGGUCUCGAGCCCGAACGGUUGACCAAAAAUCUCAAAUACUGGGUCUGCUCAACCAGGUCUUCAGCAAAGGAUUCGUGGUCGCUAACAGGAUACGGGAUAAUUUGCUGAAACGGUGGGCCAAACGGGAUCAGGAAGAGAUAAUACAUCUGGUGACAAGAAAUCAAUCCCCACGGGAUUUCCCGAGCAAAAGGGAAGCCAUGCUCUUCGCACAUGCUAGUAUGUGCUUCAUAUCAUUUGACAUAGAAUUGCGCGGCCGUACACAAGUGCCGUACACAAGUGCCGUGAGAUCAGGUGAAUGUAGCGUGUCCACCUAUGCGCCAUCCACAGUAUAA